GCAAUUGUGAAGUUCUCUUUGAUUAUACAAUUUCACUAUGGUAAAAAGGACAUUUUAAGUACAGAAACAUAUGCAUAAAGUGUGUUUUUUUUUUUUUUUUUUUUUUUUAGACUAAAUGAUUAGUAUAUUACACGAAAUAUGAUUUUAUGUAUUUUAAUCUUAACUAUGUGCUCUACAACAAAGCGACUGUAAUGUCCACUUGUCUUACCGUCUAUGAAGCACACGAUCCAGAGAAGGGCAAUACAGGCGGCAAGUGAAGUCCACCAAUCCAUGUAGUCUCCCAGUUGUCGGGCUCAACCGCGGAAAGAAUGAAGGCAACGAAGAGCUGAUACUCUCUGCCCAUGUCCUGCUUUAACACCGCUAAUAGCCUAUAAUUGACCAGUGUCUCUCCCGACAGGUGUCGGGCUAGUGAACUAAGUGAAGUGACCCAGCAAAUUGAAAGUGCAACUCCUCUUUUAACGAGUGUUCUAGGCUAACUGGAUCAGUCCAGCAUUAACAUCGUGUAAGUUGUUUCUCUAUAGGCCUGUAUGAAUGGAAAACUACUUUGCACUUUACGUGCCACAGGUAAGAGUCAGACCAUUUUCAUUAAUAUGUUUUGCAAACCAUGACAUGUCAAAUAAAACUGCAUUUUUCUGUUAGUUAAAAUAAUACUAACACAAAAUACAAAUACACAAUUUCAAUUAUAUUAUUAAAAACGACGUUUUUACGUCUGCGUAAGUCUUGAUUUGGCAUGCGUAGACGGCGUCAUGGCAACACAACUCCUGCUGACAGAACACCUGCGGCAGCCUCUCCUUUUGCUCUGACACCGCUCCCCAAUUCCCACAACAAGCUGCUUUUUGCACAGUUCUGAGGCUUCACUUUUAAAUUAGACAUGUCUCCCAAGAGAAUUUGUCCAAAAGGUUUCAUCACCUUCCACACACCUAUCCAUCGAGGCUUGUUCCUUCCUGAGAAUUAUACUAUAGAUUCACAAGUUGAUGUCAAAAAUAUGAAAAGCCCUUCUCAGCCAAUGGUGAGGCUAAAUCUAAAUAGUAAAUCGAAGAGAGAAGGAUCAAAUGAAGCCUAUAAAUCUACAAAGUCCACGCAACCUCACAGGCUAGAAAGGCGCUCUUGCCCCUCCCUCAGACGGCUCCAGGCCAAAAUGGACACUGAAAAUCAUCAGAUGAAAGAAACUAUGGAGUUACUGUUGAACACAGAAAUGGGUUUUGUAAAGAAGUUGGAGGAUGUUUUAAACCAGCACGAUAUAGCAGAACAAAGGAGAAGAGAGUUGCUUCAUAAAGACUGGACAGAACAUAUUUGGAUGCCACUUCAAAAACAUCUGAACCAGCAUGUGUCCAGCUGUGGGGCCAUGGAUAUAAAGAGACGCCAGGGCCUAUACAGUCAAUACCUACAGCACUGCAACCGGAAGGGUUAUGUCUUUCUGGACACCUACAACCCAGAUGAGUAUGAUCCAUUUUUACACCACUUGAAAAAGUCCCAUUAUUCUAAGUUGGCAGAAAUGAAGGAUAGACCCAGAGAAGCUUGGACAUCAACUUCUCUUGAAACAGAUACUAAAAAUAGCAGCAGACAAGACGACAAGCUACCUCAUCAUUAUCAGUCCUCCCUGGUUUCUAGCAGCCCUGUGACACCCAGCACACGAUACGGGACUCCAUCCACUUAUUCACUUUCGACCUCUACAAAAACACCAGAGAACAAAGCUAUGACGAGACCUCUAAGCAGGUAUCCAUUUUGUAAGGGACUUGAGAUAAACAGUGUGUCUUGUCUUGUUUAAGGCUUGAUAAGAUCCCAUGCCACAUUGACACAAAGUACAGAGAUUAGCAUCGGAGUGACUGUUGGUUUUCUACAAGAAGACCUGAAGAAGAAACUGAUACUAAAAUGUAGAGCUACUUCUAUUGUAAAUAUUUAUAUAUCUGUAAACUACCUCACCAUUUUUCACAGUUUACUAGCAGCAGUGUGGACAAAAAAAAACAAAAAACAUAUUGGUGCCAGUUCUUUUUAAUGGCAUUAGU